AUGCCAAUCUCUCUUUUUGUUCUUGAUGACUACUUGAAUUCUAAUCAGAUCGGUCGUCCAUCUACGUCCAAUCUACAUCAUUCAUCUUCAUGGACCGAUGCCUCUUCCAGUCAUUCUGCUAGUACAACUUCGGAACCUUCCGAGCCUGUGUUACCCCUCAAACGUCGAUUCUACGAUAUGAACUCACCCAGUCAAGAAAAUGAUUAUUCUCCCGCAAGAACUCGCCCCAAGAAACGGCAACGUAUACUACACACUUCUGACGUCAACGAUCCCGACAACCACUUUGCUGAAUUCCCUACGGUGUUAAUUAGAAACUUGAAGCCGUUCGACAACUCCGUUAGCAAGAAUCAUUUCUUACCGAGUCAGAGUCAGGAUCCAAUUCACAAACGGGAUGCGUCUCAGCACUCAGCGUCCUCCGAUUUGUCUUGUUCUAGUCUACCUUCUCGCGCUUGUUUAUCCUCACCGUCUGUCACGAUUCAAUCGUUCCCUCGUAUAGACUUGAGGCGUACGCUCUCGUUGAACCGUGAUAGUCCUUUGAAACUCAAAAUCCUAACUCCACUUCUCAUUCGGCCUGGAAGAAAACUGACAACUGAUUGUGACGACUCAAGUGCAAGCGCCUUCACUUCGUUUUGGAACCAAAUUGCGAAAGAAAGUAUUCGAAGAGUCUCAUCUGGGACAAACGCGACCCAAAUCACACCCAUCUUAGUCUCUGCUCUUCCGGACAUGGCGACUACAAUUUCAACUACUUCGGGACCUGCUACUUCACCAGAAUCCUCAACAAUUUUCUUUCCGGGGAAACUUCACCUGGGAAAGAAACUCUAUCAUGCUGCUUUUUUAUAUGCUAUGUACCCUGCGCCGGUUUCUUCCAGCCGGGAAUGGAAUCGGGUUGAACUGGAUGGAAAGAUAUCCGAUUGUACUACAUACUUCUACUCUGCUCAAAUUGUCGUACUAUGUACUCCCGACCGCCUUCAGUAUAUUAAGACGGAGAAGCCGAGGACUCCUCCGCCAUCGAAAUCCCUUGUAUUUGGGCAUACUUUUACAGAUCAUAUGCUCACGAUCCCUUGGAGCUCCUUGGAAGGGUGGGGUGCUCCCAAAAUCGAGCCUUACGGUCCUCUUUCCCUUGAACCAAGCAGCACCGUAUUACACUAUGCUCAAACUAUCUUUGAGGGUAUGAAAGCCUAUCGCGACGAACAUGGAAACGUUACGCUUUUCCGGCCGGAUAUGAACAUGAAGCGUAUGAACACUAGUGCUGCUCGGGUUGCAUUACCAACGUUCGAUAGUGAUGCACUGUUACAACUGAUUAAGAAACUCAUCCAUUUCGAACGAGAUUGGAUUCCAAAAGAACCUGGGCACAGUCUAUAUAUUCGGCCUACUAUGAUUGGUACACAGAAAUUCAUUGGCAUUGCUCCACCUAGUGAAGCACUACUCUUUGUCAUUUGUAGUCCUGUAGGUCCCUACUAUCCCGAUGGCUUCAAACCUAUCGCUCUUUACGGAACAACGGAAUACAUUCGUGCUGCUCCUGGAGGUACCGGUGCUUAUAAGCUUGGUGUUAACUACGCCCCUGGAGUUAUGCCGCAGAAACAUGCCGCUCAACUAGGAUACACUCAGAAUCUGUGGCUUCAUGGACCCGAGCAUUAUCUUACAGAGGUGGGCACAAUGAAUUUGUUUGUUGUUCUUAAGAAGGGCGAUGCCAUUGAACUGGUCACACCACCACUCGACGGUAUGAUUCUGCCGGGUGUCACUCGAGAUUCCGUCCUAUCACUUGCCCGGAAUCAUGUCUCUGGUAACUACAAACUCCCCAACCUUCCUAACCUUAUCGUCUCCGAACGACCGAUCACAAUGAAGGAAAUCCAAGAGGCAGAAGCUUCCGGAAAUCUUGUUGAGCUGUUUGGAUCUGGUACGGCUGCUAUCAUCACCCCAGUGAAUAGGAUUGGGUAUCUUGGAAAGGACAUCCAUAUUCCGACUGGCGAGGAUGGGAUGGGACCUGUCUCAAGGCCAAUCUGGACAGAGCUAGUUGGUAGACAGAUGGGAAGUAUUCCAAGUGAAUGGAGCGUGCCCGUUACAGCGUAG